CGAUUGUUCGCUUCAAAAGUUUACAAAAAACGUAUUACUCCUAAACACUUGACGUGAUUUAGAACCGAGUAAUAUUUCAAACAUAAAGCUAUUAAGUGAAAACAAAGAGAUGAGAGCCACUUGUUUAAAGUUUUUUGUUAUAACACAAUUGUUAAUAUUCUGCAUCAAUUGUGCACCUAGAAAACAUAGAAUAAGAGAAGGUUUAGCAGACAGUAGGCAGAGCAUAUUACACAACACCAUACGGAGACUAAGCAGACGGAUACAACAUCCGGGUAUUUCAAGUAAUGUCGCAAAACUUGACGCUUACCUUGAGAGUUUUGGUUACCUAAGACAGACCCAUUUUGGCCCAGCACACCAUAGUGAAUUAGCAAGAACACACGCAAUUAGGAAAUACCAAAAGUUUAACCAUCUACCAGUCACUGGAAAGCUUGACGAUGAAACACGGUGGAAAAUGCACCAGCCUCGGUGUGGUUUGCCGGAUGUUACGUCAUCGUCAAGGUCAAUUAGGGGCAUGAGGAGCUUAGCUCCAGGCACUCCAUUUUUCUGGGAGAAGAAGAAUCUCUCAUGGCGAACAAUUAACUUCAGCUCAGAUCUGACACCAGAGCAACAAACAAAUACAUUCACGCAAGCGUUUAAAUAUUGGAGUGACGUCACUGAGCUAGAUUUUGAAGAAACGUCAUCGGGAAAAGCUGACAUCGAGAUAUUGUUCGGCAAAUAUAACCAUGGGGAUGGAAGCAAUAAUGCAUUCGAUGGAAACGGUGGUACACUUGCCCAUGCGUUUCUGCCUGAGAAUGGUGGCGUCCAUUUCGAUGAUGACGAGCUUUGGACGGAGAACUCGAGAGAAGGGACCAAUCUAAAGAUUAUUGCUACUCACGAACUUGGCCAUGCGCUAGGUUUGCAGCACUCUGACAAGAAAGAUUCCGUUAUGACGCCAUAUUACCAGGGAUAUAAAAACAAUUUUGAACUCUCAAUCGAUGAUGUUCAGGACAUCCAGGCAAUAUACGGAGAAAAGAUUCACGAAGAAGAGUCGACAGAAGAAACACAGGGAAGACACAAGCCAGAUAUCUGUUCCACAUCGUUCGAUACCAUUCUAUUUUCUGGGGAUAACAAGACAUACGUUUUUAACGAUAAGUGGGUGUGGAGAUUGUCAAACAAAGGGGUGAAAAGAAGCUAUCCAAAGCUCACUAGGAAAUUAUUUAAUCGACCACCAAACAGUCCCCGAUCGGCGGUUUUCUCUUCGAAAACUAGGAGAACAUACUUCUUCAAAGAUAAUCGUGUAUGGCGCUACAGCGGGAACACUAUGGAAAGUGGGUUUCCAAGGCGACUAACAGGUGAUAUGACAAAACCAGAUGCUGCACUAACAGAUAGAAAUGGAAAUAUUUUACUUAUUAAGAAUAACAGAGUCUACAAAUUGAAUGAACGGACGUUCCACGUGGAUUCGAACUCGGUGCUGCUUACAGAGCAAUGGCAGGGAUUACCAGCAAUAAAGGAUGUGAGAGCAGCGAUGAGAUACAAUGGACGAUAUUUGUAUUUCUUUACUGAAGAAACGUAUACCACGUACGAUGAGCAAGAUGAAAGAGUGAUACCAGUUUACCCAAACACAGUGAAACAUUUAUUAGGAUGUAUAUAACCAAUGCCAGGAACCAUAUCAUAACGUGAUAUUCAAUAUUUAGUGAUCUUAAAGGGAGAAUCAGAUCUACAGGGGUGACAAAAUGUGAACAACAUGUAGAGUUGACCUACCAAUAUAUUCCUUGCUAUUUCAAAUAUAAUAUCUCAAAAACGAUCCGGGGUAUAACAUGAAUUGGUGAAGUUAUUAAGGGUUUAAAGAACAAAAAUGGGCGGAAAAGUUUAAAUUCUCCAAAAUGAUAAAUUUGUAACCACAAUUAUUAAAAAAUGAAUGUAUUAUUGUAAACGUUGUAAAAAUGUUCAGUUUCCUCAAAUAAAGUGUACACACUUUGGGGAUUUUUAGAAAAUAGACAUGACUAGGACUGAUAUGAGCCCAAAAUAUUCUGAUAUUUAAACAAUCAAUG